AUGUCAAAAAGAAGAAAAUACACCCUCGAUUCUGUUGUUUCAUCAAUUCAUUCAGAUUCAGUUUUAAAUGAUAGACAAUCUUCGCCUAUCAAUACGAAUAGAGUUAGCAAUCUUUAUGGCUCAAACGAAUCGGCAUUUACUGAUUUCGGAACCAGAAGAGGGCUCAAUGUUAAUAAUUCCAGGUCAACGAAUGUUAAUUUAAGUGCUCCUUUAUCAUCCAAUUCAUACCAAACAAGUGGGGUAGACGUUUUGAAUGCUAUGCCCGAAAGUAUAAGGAGUGCUAUGCCAGAAUGUAUAAGGAGAUUAUAUUUUCAAGAUCAUUCAAUUUCAUCUCAGCUGCAAGCAUAUUUCCGUUCAGGACCUACCUCCAUAACUUCAUCGUCUGCUGCCUCAUAUCCAAUCGCUGCUCCAUCAAUUAAUGUGUCUACUACUCAUGCUGCUACAUCUGCUCCUGCUAAUUUCUCAACUACGUCAAAUCCAGCUUAUACUGCUCCAGUAGCUCCUAUUGUACCAAAUACUUUACGUCCAAUUGAUUCAGUUUCACUAAGUAAUCCAUUCAACACGGCUACUCAUUCAAAUAUUAUUGACAAGGAUCCUUCAACAAUUUUGAGGUCAAAUCCUACUACUGCAAUAACUGUUUUACGUCCAUCAACUACUUCAUCUACUACUCUUGUACCAUAUACUUUACAACCAACCAAUACGGCUCAAAAUUCUAGUUCUUCAUCUUCGACUACUCAUUCAAAUUUCUGGAACACAAUUGAUAUUGCUCAGCUUAAUACUACUAAUGCUCAAUCUAAAACUACUACCGCUCCAUCAAAUACUACCGCUCCAUCAAAUACUACUGCUCCAUCAAUUACUAGUGCUCCAUCAAAUACCACAGCAUCAAAUACUACUACUCCAUCAAUUACUACUGCUCCAUCAAUUACUACUGCUUCAUCAAAUACUACAGCUUCAUCAAAUACUACAGCUUCAUCAAAUACCACAGCUCCAUCAAAUACUACAACAGCUCAAUCUCGUGCAUCACGUCCAAUCCAGCCUAUCCUGUUGUCUACUACUCCAUCAAAUAGUACAGGCUCAUCUCAUUUAAUACACACAAAUACUGAAAAUUCUCCAUAUUCCAGUCUUUUAUCUGACUUUGACAUUGAAGAUACAGCGUCUUUAUAUGAUAAUUUCAUUGUAAGGAAUUUAUUACGUCAAGAGGCAGUUGUUGAUAUAAUGAAAUAUUUUCAUGAAGAUUACUACAGUUGUUUUUUCAAUUUUAAAGAAGAUAUGGACUAUCAUAAAACCAUAAAUGAGGGUAGAGAAUGGUUGAAAGUGAUCGAUGGUGUUGAUCAACUUGAGCAAAUACUAAAUCCAGAUAUCAAACCGGAAUAUCGUUUACAAAAAUUGAUGUUUCCACUCAGUCUACCGAACGAUUUGACUCACGAUAUUUACACAUUCUUUUUUUCCGUGGAUGAACUUAAAGUGUUUGAAGAUAUGAUGCACAGUUUUGGUAUCUAUCGAGUGAAUAAUCGCGGAACUAAUAAAUAUAAUUGUACGAAAUUUAGGCGAACAUCAAAUAGAUCUACAGCGUGUGGGGCUUACUUCAAAGUUGUGGAUGAAUAUAUGAAUGAUCAAAAGACAGGUAGAAAAGUUGUACAUUGGAAGUGGAAGCAUUCUCAUCUUUACUUCGGUAAUUCUGAAAUAUAUGAUGAAAAGCUCAGAAAGCCUGUAAAAGAGGCAAUGAAUAAAUUGAUUAAAAAUCACGUUGGUUGGAGUGGGGUGCGUCAAUGCAUACCUUGCUUGAGGUUCAAGUUCCAUAUUGAAGCUGUUGACCAAAAGUACAAAAUUGCGUACGACUCUUUUCACAAGACAGCAAUUAGACUAGAGAAAGAGAAUUAUCAACUUGACCUGAUCGUCGAGGAAAGUUUGAAGAAGUGGGAGUCAAAAAUACUUACGGAAGGUGGUUUUUCUAAAUACGGUAGAACUGAGAGCGAUGAUACUACGCAUAAUAUUGCUCAUGGAGAACCUAGUGACAGUAGGAACAGUCGACGUGGAGAUCGAGGUCGAAGAAAUGAUGGUAGUCAAGAUUCAGAUCGCAAUCAGGUCACUAGUAAUUCAGGUAAUUCAGGAUAUGAGUAUGUUCAUUUGACGACUCUCCUUAUCAAGAACUUGGUCACAGGUAAGUUAAUUCCAGUCGGAUAUAUGCUACAUAAUCGAUCGAGAUCUAUCAUCAUUGAUAAAGUUUUACAAGAAUUCAAAAAUUUAGGCAUCAAUCCAACUGAAAUGUUAACUGACUACGACAUAGGUAAGGUGGUUGCCAUCAGUAAAAUUUUUCCUGAUGCUAGAAUGAAAAUAUGCUUUUUUCAUUUUUUACAAAUAUUAUAUAAACAAUCGAUGAGAAAAAUUACAUUGGAUACUUAUAUUGAUGAUGGUGAAAUUAUUAAUGUUGAUCUGGGUAAUGAAAGUAAUGUUGAUGCUGUUGAGAGUAAUGAAGAUAAUAACGGUAAUAUAGCAGAUGAUUCUGAGGACGAUAGCAUUGAUGAUCUUUCUGAUUUGGCGAAUGAUCAUGACACCAUUGACGGAGCGAUCAUCAAUACUGUUGGUAAUAAUUCAAGUACUACAAAUAAUUCAGAUGCAACUAUUGAUGCAACAAAUACGUCAGGUGCAAUAUCAAGACCACAAACUAGUGAGGAAGUUAUAAGUUUGAGAAGAUACGCAAUUAAAAGACUUGUUUCAAUUGGAACUUCCACCACAUUAGAGGAAGCAAAUAAAAGAUUAGACGAGUAUUACCAUUUGUUCAGGAACUUACCACAAUGGCUUCUGUAUCUUGAUGCUUGGAGGGAAAGGUUGGAUUAUUGGGUUCUUGGCAUAUCUAGUAAUAUAACAACAAACAAUUUGAUAGAAAAUUUACAUUCAACCAUCAAAGCUAAUAUUGUUGAUUCUAGAUUAAGAGUGGAUGUGGUAGUUGGGAACUUGAAAUAUUUUCUUCCUCGAUUUUUUUUAAUCGAAAAUAAUCCUAUUCCGUUGGCCAAUAAAAGGAGAACAAUUGAUUGGAAUGUAAAAAGUAGAUCGAAUGCUGCUAUCGCUACUAUGAUUGAAGUGGUUUACGAAGGAAAUUCUGGUUAUUUCAAGGUCAAAUCUUUUUCAAAAGAAAAUGUUUUUUACACUGUUCAUAUUACGAGAAGUAAAAUUGCAAAAUGUGAUUGCAACGACUUUCGUGGCAACCAUGUUUUUUGUAAACAUAUACAUCUUGUUUGGGUAUUUGUUCGACAAGAUAAUUUGACUGCAGGGGAGAGAUUACGCUUGAUGGUUAAUGACAGAGUUGGUUCUGAAACUAGAGAAACUCCAUCUCUGAAUAAUCUUGUUACUUUAUUUGGUUCAUCGGAUAAUUAUGAUAGCUGGACGACUGGUGGAAUCAGAUUUAAGAGUCAGGCUAAAAACACUUUUGAGAAACGAAGAAUAUUAAUUCCUAUCCGAUCGACUAUGAAUAGAAAUAAUGCUGCCAUUAAUAGUCCUGAUACUGGUAAUUUUGAUGAUACCGCUAAUAGUCCUGAUACUGGUAAUUUUGAUGAUACCGCUAAUAGUCCUGAUCCCGGUAAUUUUGUUGAUGCUGAUUUUGAUACCGGUCUGAUACAUUCAAAUGGACCUGUUCAAUCAUCGCAAAACUCAAGAGCAGUAGCAACAAACACGCUGGUUCAAUCAUUACAAAACCAAUCAUUGCAAAACUUAAGAGCAAUAGCAAAAGACACAUUGAGGGAUUUAAUAGUAAGAAGAAAGCAAAUACUUCAAUCGAGCAUUCGAGAAAAUGAGCUACGGAUUAAAGAAAAUGAGCUGCAAAUUAGAGAGCUAGGUGCCUUCGCCGCUAAUAUAGAGCUAUUCUCAGAUGAACGAUUAAUUCAGUGCAUAGAAUCGAUGAGACAGUCAGUGAAUUUAAACCAUAACUAG